CUGCGUGCCUUGAAGGCAACAAACGAAGACAUCGAAACAAACAGAGCAAGAUGUUGUCAAUUUUGCGAAAAGCGCGACUGAAGGACAAGGAGAUGCGAAUUUUGAUGCUGGGUCUGGAUAACGCAGGCAAGACGACGAUUGUAAAGAAGAUUAUGAACGAAGAUGUCAACAGCGUCAGCCCUACCUUAGGCUUCAUAAUUAAGACGAUUGAAUAUGAAGGAUACAAACUAAACAUAUGGGAUGUCGGCGGCCAGAAGACGCUACGCACGUACUGGAAGAACUAUUUUGAGAAGACAGACACGCUCAUUUGGGUAGUCGAUGCCACGGACCGUGAGCGAGUAGGCGAUUGUCGGCAUGAGCUGGCAGGGCUGUUGCUCGAGGAGCGACUAUCUGGCGCGAGCCUGCUAGUGUUCAAGAACAAGAGCGACGUUCCCGGCGCCAUGAGCGAGGACGAGGUGCGCGAGGGACUCGGGCUCGACGCCAUCAGAACACACAAGUGGACUAUCAUGAGCUGCAGCGCCAUGACAGGGCAGAACCUGCAGGAGGGGCUUCAGUGGGUGGUACAGGAUGCGAAAUCUCGACUUUUUCUUUUUUAGGAGGCGGUGUUUGUCUUCUUUGAUCUUGACCAGCGACGGCA